AUGCAAACUAUUAUCCGUUCGAGUACCUAUAAAUUACUUUUGCAUGACAAAGAGCCAUUCCAGGUCUGCUCCAUGUAUCCCGCCAUUUUAUCAAUACGCUCCACUACUCCACUUAUCAACCAGCCACCUCACCAUUAUGUGGAUUAUGGUGUGCUGGUGUGGAUGUCAUCACUUCUCGCUGAAGCACAAAGCGUAGUCUACGCAGAAAUUGACCGUAUUACUCCUGAGCUAAGAGAAAUUAGCAGCGACUUGCACGAAAACCCUGAGCUUAGCAUGCACGAACAUCACGCUCAUGAAGUCCUGACAGAUUAUUUGGAGAAGAACGGAUUCACUGUGGCACGCCAUGCAUAUGAUAUGGAAACAGCUUUCAUGGCCAAAUACACUAAAGGAACUGGUUUACGUGUCGGAUUCUGCUCCGAGUAUGAUGCGCUCCCGGGGAUAGGCCAUGCAUGUGGACACAAUCUCAUUGCUGUGACAGGUCUUGCGAACGCAAUGGCUAUGAAGGCCCUGUUGGACAAGGGAAUCGCGUCCGGAACGGUCGUUCUUUUUGGUACUCCUAGUGAAGAAGAAUUGGAUGAUAAAAUCUUAAUGGCUAAGAAAGGAGCCUUCCAGGACAACGUUGAUGUUUGCAGUAUGCUUCAUCCUGGUCCCGAUAAUACAACAUGUGUGUCAUGUAAUGCUAUUCAAAACUUUGAGAUCGAAUUUCGAGGAAAGCCCGCUCACGCCGGUGGCGCACCAUGGAAUGGUGUAAAUGCGCUCGACACUAUUUGCCAAGCAUUGGUUAACGUUGGGUUGCUCCGACAGAAACUAAUGGGACUGAUCGUGUCCAUGGAAUUAUUACCGAUGCCAAAUAUUAUCCCUGACCGCACAACGGGUCGCUUCUGCAUCCGUGCACCGUCUACCGAUCGUGUUGUAGAGCUGAUGAUAAAGAUUGAAAAUUGUUUUAAGGCAGCAGCGUUAGCAACCGGCUGUGAAUAUACUAUCACGUGGCACGGUGCUGGCAUGUGCAAGAAUAUUGUACAGAACUCAGUCAUGGCUGAAACAUACGCCAAGUAUUAUGACGCGUUUGGUGGCGUCCCUAUCCCACCGCGUCAAGCUCAAGAAGUAAUACACGUCGGUGCUUCUACAGAUUUCGGCAACGUUUCUGUUCUUAUGCCCGGGUUACAUCCAACGUCUGACGUCUACACUGAUGCGUUCCCCCACACCCACGCAUUCGCCGAAGCUGCAGGUGCUGCCAACUCAUGAAGGCGCAAUGAUUGCUAGCAAAUCUCUCGCUAUGGUUGGUGCCCACAUGUUCCUAGAAAAAGGAUAUUACGAAAAGUCACUCCAAGAUUACCAUAGUACUGUUCCCGAAGAAAAGCGAAUUCGAGAGUAGAGCAUCAAUGUAAUACCACAUAACACUUACAAAGCAUACUCAUUACUGUUAUAUAAAAUAUUAUAGCAUUUCUUUCUGUUUUUAUGCUUUUUGGACAUCUG